CUAGUGCACACGCGCGCACACACAUCAGUACAGAAACACACAUAUUGCGCGUUCCCGAGCGCGGCACGCGCAACAAGCGAACCCACGGAAAGAGAUAGCGCAAAUAGAAGAGACAGAACGACGGAUACUAGGCGAGGCCAUGAGCGGGAAACCUCUUGCUCAGUCGGUCGCCCAGAUGCGUUUUAAUUUUGACCAUUUCCUCAAAUGACUCCUGCCUACGCUAGUGCUAUCGCAUCGCAAGGACCACCUCGAGGACAUCGCCUCAAUUUGUCACGAAUUGUCAACGUCGAAUCUUCGUCGACGUUCUUUUUUCUUCCAUUAAGGGAUGUAAUUGAACGACACGGAACACAAUGACGAAUACUAAACGGGCUUAAUUCGGUUAACGAAAAACAACCACGGGGGCCGAAUCAGAUAUGAGGUAGGCUAUGUCUGCUAAAAUAUUUCACAUCCCGCGAGCGUAAUUUUCUUUGCCCUCACUCAAUCUAUCGGAAACUAUAGGCCUGUAUAUUCCCCGCAUCUUCCAUGGGCACGAAACCCAUGGGAGUGAUGGUUCUGACGUGACGCACGGCGCUACAGCACCACCGGGGGAAGCCAUCGAGCCCGGAGAGGACAGCGGGAGGAGAGGAUGUUACAUGUCGAGUGUGUCGCGUGUCGUUAGGGGGAAGGACGCCCAGUUGUUGAAUGCCUAUGACUGAAUCUAUUGACAGACUUGACGUAGUUAGUGUUGCCCGAGCACCAGUCGCAUCCUCCCCUCCGUUGACUCGUUGAUUUCACGCCUCGAGAACGAGGCGGUGCGGCCGGGGAGAGAGGUGGGUGAGCGGUUGGGGAAACUAUAGAGGCAGCGGGAGGGCGCGGACAUACAGACACGGGAUGCGGGAGACGCAGUGAGCGGCGAGGAGGAGGAGGAGGAGGAGGUGGAGGAGGAGGAGGAGGAGGAGGAGGGAAACCAGAGGACUGACGGCUCAGCUGACCUGGUACCGAGACGUCGUGCUACAACCUACCCGGCAUGGCCAUGUGUGUGUGGUUCCUGGGGGUGUGUGUGCUCACCCUAGCCCAUGUGGCUCCCUCCAGCCAAGCCAUGUCCCGGGCGGCCAUGCCCUUUGGCUUGCUGCGCAGGGAGCUGGCGUGUGAGGGCUACCCCAUCGAGCUGCGCUGCCCCGGGAGCGACGUGGUCAUGGUGGAGACGGCCAACUACGGCCGCACGGACGACAAGAUCUGCGACGCCGACCCCUUCCAGAUGGAGAACACCCAGUGCUACCUCCCCGACGCGCUGAAGAUCAUGGCUCAGAGGUGUAACAACAGGACUCAGUGUGUAGUGGUAGCGGGGGUGGAUGUCUUCCCGGACCCCUGCCCUGGGACCUACAAAUACCUGGAGAUCCAGUAUGAGUGUGUCCCUUACAAAGUGGACCAAAAAGUCUUCGUGUGUCCUGGCUCGCUGCUCAGCAUCCAGCCGGCCUCCUCCCUGCUGGAGGCGGAGCAUCAGUCGGGGGCGUGGUGCAAGGACCCCCUGCAGGCGGGCGACCGGCUCUACGUCAUGCCCUGGACCCCCUACCGCACGGAGGUGCUAUACGAGUACGCCUCCUGGGACGACUACCGCCAGAACCGGGUCACCACCACCUACAAGCUGCCCAGCCGCGUGGACGGAACGGGCUUCGUGGUCUACGACGGCGCCGUCUUUUACAACAAGGAGCGCACGCGCAACCUGGUCAAGUACGACCUGCGCACGCGCAUCAAGAGUGGCGAGGCAGUGGUGGUGAACGCCAACUACCACGACACCUCGCCGUACCGCUGGGGCGGCAAGUCGGACAUCGACCUGGCGGUGGACGAGAACGGCCUGUGGGUCAUCUACUCCACCGAGGCCAACAACGGGCGCAUCGUGGUCAGCCAGGUGAACCCCUACACGCUGCGCUUCGAGGGCACCUGGGCCACGGGCUUCGACAAGCGCGGCGCCAGCAACGCCUUCAUGGCGUGCGGCGUGCUGUACGCCGUCCGCUCCGUCUUCCAGGACGACGAGGGCCAGACGGAGGGCCGGGUGGGCGGGGACAUGGUGGUCUACGCCUACGACACCGGCCGCGGCCAGGAGCUGCCCGUCCAGAUCCCCUUCCCCAACCCCUACCAGUACAUCUCCUCCAUCGACUACAACCCCCGGGACAACCAGCUGUACGUGUGGAACAACUACUACGUCCUCAGAUACCCUCUGCACUUCACCCCGCCGGCCCCCACCAAAGGGCCGAUGUCCUCUCUGAUGACCACCGUGCGCUCCUACACCGCCACCGUGGCCCUCAGCCCCGUGCGGCCCUCGGCCUCCCACCCCAUAGGCGUGAUCAACAGGGCGCCCUUUGACCAGCGGCCAAUCACAGCCAUGGUCCCUCUGACACCCCGCCCACCCCUGCGUGUUCCCCUGGCCCCCGGGGGCCCCGACCAGGCUGGCGGGUGUGAGGGCCGGGUGGCAAGAGGGGUGCAGUGGCCCCCUACUCUGAAGGGAGAGACGGUGGAGAGACCCUGUCCUAAAGGAUCACUAGGUAUAGCCUCCUACCAGUGUAUGUUGUCCCCGCUGGGCUGGAGCUCCAGAGGCCCUGACCUUUCCAACUGCACCUCUCCCUGGGUUAGCCAGAUCGCACAGAAGAUCAAAAGCGGAGAGAACGCCGCAAACAUCGCCGGGGAGCUGGUCAACCUGACGCGGGGGCGGGUCUACGCCGGCGACGUAAGCAUGUCCGUCAAGCUGAUCGAGCAGCUAUUGGACAUCCUGGACUCCCAGCUCCAGGCCCUGAGACCGGCCAAUAAGGAAUCGGCCGCACGCAACUACAACAAGCUGCAGAAGAGGGAGCGCACGUGUCGAGCAUACGUUCAGGCUGUGGUCCAGACAGUGGAUAACCUGCUGGGACCCGAGGCGCUGAUCUCCUGGGCAGACAUGAACAACGCUGACCAGUCUCGCUCUGCCUCCCUGCUAUUGGAUGCAGUGGAGAAAGGAGCCUUCCUAUUGGCUAACAAUCUGUAUGAAGGCCGCUUCAGCGACAGAGCACCCAAUGUCGAUCUGGAAGUUUAUGUGUUGAAUACAGAAGCAGAGAUACAGGACCUGACCUUCCCUCAUUCCUACGACAGCGACAGCAUUCUCCAGAUCUCUGCCUUGGCCCUGCAGCAAUACAGCAACAACGGCCAGGUGAAGUUGGUGCUGUCGCUCUUCAAGAACCUGGGCUCCUUCCUCACCACCAAGAACUCCACCCUGCGGCUGGGGCUGGGGCUGGGCCAGGGGUCAGAGGUCAGGGGGCGUAGCCUGGCGGUCAACUCCCACGUGAUCUCUGCCUCUGUUCACCGCGGCGUCAACAGAGUGUACCUGUCUGAGCCUGUGAUCUUCACCCUGCGACACUUGCAGCAGGAGAACCACUACGGCCCUAACUGCUCCUUCUGGAACUCCUCGGGGUCCUUGGGCAGCGGCAGGUGGUCCACGCAGGGCUGCCGCCUUCUGCACUCCAACAACACACACACCACCUGCGCCUGCAACCACCUCUCCAGCUACGCCGUGCUCAUGACGUACCAGCAGCCUGCGUCCGGGGUGGGGGUAGAGGAGCUGCUGGUGUCCGGGGUCUCGUGGGUGGGCAUCUCGGUGGCCCUGGUGUGCCUGGCCGGCUGCCUCACCACGCUGUGCUGUCAGGGGGCGCCCUGGCACAGCGACCACAGCAACAUCCACUGCAACCUGUGGGCCAACCUCCUCAUCACCGAGCUGCUUUUCCUCGUGGGCGCCAACAAGACGCAGUUCACAGUGGCGUGCUCCAUCGUGGCGGGCAUGCUGCACUUCUCCCUGCUCUCGGUGUUCUGCUGGCUCUGCCUGGAGGCGGUGGAGCUGUACCUGCUGCAGAGGGAGGUGUUUGAGGGCCAGAACUCCAGGAGGAAGUACUUCUACCUGUCGGGGUACUCUGUCCCCGUGCUGGUGGUGGCCGUCUCCACAGCCAUAGACUUCAGAGGAUACGGCUCCAGCACUGCGUGCUGGCUUCGAACAGACAAUUAUUUCAUAUGGAGCUUCCUUGGACCGGUGGCUUUCAUAAUAACGCUCAACCUGGUUGUCUUGGUGAUGACCCUGCACAAGAUGCACAGCUCUGCUGCCCUCAAGCCAGACUCCAAUCGACACGAUAACCUCAGGGCGUGGGCGGUGGGCUCGCUCACCCUCCUCUUCCUCCAGUGCGUGACAUGGUCUGCAGGCCUGGUCUUCCUCUCCGCUCCCUCCCUCCUCCUGGCCUACCUCUUCUCCUCGCUCAACACCGCCCAAGGCCUGCUGAUCACCAUACUGCACUGCACCCUGGCCCGCAAGGGCCAGAAGGACUACGGCCGCUGCCUGCGUCUGUCCCAGUGCUGCGGAGGCUCGUCCUCCAGCUCCCCGGACUCUGUGAAGGGGGCGGCGCUGCGCUCCAACAACCGCUACAGCAGCAGCCAGGCCCGCAGAGCCACCGCCAACAGACAGAGCCGCAUCCGGAGGAUGUGGAACGACACGGUGCGCCGACAGACCGAGUCCUCCUUCAUCGCCACGGACGUCAACAACACCCCCACCCUCAACAGAGCUGCCUUGGGGAACCACUUCCUGACUAACCCUGUGCUGCAGACGCACCCUGGAGCGUCCCCCUACGACACUCUGCUAGCCCAGGGCUACAGCCAGCCCUUCACCUCCACAGUAGGAACCUUCAGAAACAAGCCGAAGGGCGGCGUGUCUGCGGGCCAGGAGCCCUGCGGCCUGGACAGCGUGUGUCUCAACGGCGGCUACACCCCCAACACCUUCACCCUGCACGGCCUGGCCUCCGCCCCGGGGUCCCGCGCCGGGGUGGUGGGCAGCACCGACCUCCUGAGGGGCGAGGGGGGCGGCGGAGGGCUGGGGGUGGACGACGUCUCCCCCGGGGCUCUCCUCUCCCCCCACUCCGGGGGCGUCCCGGAGUUGGGCGGCGGCGGCGGCGGCGGCGGGAUGCGGCGGAACCUGUCGGACGCGGCGGCGCUGGAGAAGAUGAUCAUCUCGGAGCUGGUGCAGAGCAACCUGAGGCCGGCCGCGCCCAUGCCCGUGCCCCCCGAGCGCUACGGCAGCCUGGCCCGCCCCCUCCACGAGCGGGCCGGCCACGCCCACAGCGCCACGCUCACGCGCCACUCACAGCAGCAGCAGCAGCAGCACGGCCACGAGGGCUGGGCGGCCGCCAUGCCCACGCACCACGCCCGCCCGGGCCCCCCCGACGGCUGGCCCUCCGGCCGGCCCCAGCCCGGGGACCCCGAGCUGCACCAGGGCCCCGGGCUGAGGGGCCAGGACCUCCACCACCCCGUGGCCGCCGUGCAGGCGCGCCUGCAGGAGGGCUGGGCCCACGCCGCGCACGGCGCUCCCGGGAGCGCCGAUCCCAAGGAGAAGCUGAAGGACGGGGACCGGGCGCAGCUGCAGUGCACCCUGGGCCGCCGCGGGCUGCUGCAGGACAGGCAGCAGGCGCGGCCCCCGGACAUCCAGGCCCGGCCCUACUCCACCAUCAGCCGCACCCCGGGGACGCUGUCGCGGCACCGCGCCGCCGCCGCCGGCGCCGAGGGGGCGGGCGGGGCGGCGGGGGAGAGGGAGCGCGAGAGGGACCGGGAGAGGGACCGGGAGAGGGACCGGGACCGCUACCGGGACAGGCCGCUGCCCCCGCCGCCGCCCCCUCCCCCGCAGGAGGCGGAGCCUCUGUACAAGGCGCUGGAGGAGCCCCUGCUGCACCAGCAGCGGGACGCGGCCAUCGCCGAGUGGCAGGCGGGCCAGGGGAAGGACGAGAUGUUCCUCCUGAAGCGGGACGCCCUGGCGGAGGACUGGAGGGAGCGCGGGCCCGGCGAGGGCCACCCGUCCCAGAAGACGGCCGCGGACGGGACGGAGGAGUGGCGGAGCGGCGCUGAGCGGGGGAGGGAGGACCCCCUGCUGCUGGAGAAGAGGGACGGCCGGCUGGAGGUGUGGCGGGGCGGCGGGGAGGAGUCGGACAAGGAGGAGACCUUCAUCACGCAGAAGAACGAGUUCGCCAUGGACCGCUGGAGGGGCGGGGCCGAGCGGGAGCCGGAGGAGCCCCUGUUCCUGAAGGAGCGUGACGGCUGGAGGAGCCUGGUGGAGCAGGACAGCGAGGAGUUCAAGCCCAAGGACGGGGCGCUGGAGGUGUGGCGGGGCGGCGUGGACAUGGAGCGGGACGAGUCCUUCCUGUUUGACGGCAAGGACGCCAGCGGCGGCAGCGGCGGCAGCGGGGGCGGCGGCGGCGGCGGCGGCGGCGGCAUGGACGGGUGGCAGCGCGGCGCCGAGCGGGGGUCCUUCCGCUACCACGGCGACCGGGAGGACUCCUCGGACACCUACACCCUGCCGCUGAGCCCCGACGUGGACCUGGACCCGGACUCCUCGCCCAUCUACGCCCGGGACUCCAACCCCUCGCCGCUGUACCCGGGCGAGCGCCGCUCCCCGCCCGUCGGCGUCUUCCCGCGCGGCUCGCCGCCCACCAACAUCUUCGCCUCGCGCGAGCCCAGCCCGCCCUCCUCCUCCUCCGGCGGCGGCGGCCUCUACUCCCGCCACUCCCCGCAGGUGUACAGCCGCGGCAGCUCUCCGCCGCCGCCGCCGCGCUUCUACACGCGCACCACCCCGCCCUCCCUGUCCUACCCCGACAGCAGCCCCGAGGGCCCGGAGGAGCUGAGCCCCACGGGGCAGCGGCCGCAGCGGCCCGCCCUGGACCUGCCCUACAGCAUGGGCCGCCCGCCGCUGGGGCCGCGACCCAACCACCUGCAGACCUUCUACCAGCCGCCGCCGCUGGCCGCCAACGGGGAGCCGGGCUACCUGGCGGACGCCGGCUGCGACGCGGAGGACGGACAGAUGCAGCGGGUGACCAGCCUGUGACUAGGGCGGUGGUGAUCGGGGGCAUAGACAGCAGGAAGGAAGAGGAGGCAGCCGGGGAGAGCCAUUGAAACCACGCAACAAGCGCACACACACUCAAACGCACGCACGCGCACACACACAGGAAAAAAAAAACGACACGCUACAAUUCGGAACGAGUAAAAUGGCGAUCCCUGAUGAGUGACUUGUGUAUAAAGGUCAAGACAAGGCGGUACGUCGGCGUUGGCUGAUGAGGAUGAUGAUGAUGAUGAUGAUGAUGAUGAUGAUGAUAUUGAGUUUGACGGCUCCUUCCUGCUUCUAUCUGCCGAUCACCACGAGAAGGUUAUCCCCCUCUUCACGUUUUGUUACUUUUCUAUGACUGUGAUCCAUUGACCCCAAUCCCCUCCUCCUCUCUGUCUCCUCGCCUCGUGCCCCCUCUCCCGAGCCCUCCUGUUCUCUCCCCUCCUCAUUGGUGCUUGAUCCUCAUUCGGUCAUUGUCUUCGAUUCUAUUGGUUCCUCCGCUGGGUGUCGCCCCUUCCCCGUAGCAAGCAAACAGUGUGUCAAAGAAGCACUUGUGUGUUGCCAAAAAAAAUCAUUUUUAAAGAACAUGUGCAUGACUUUAUAGUGGCUUUUCAAGGCUACAUACUAUAAGAGGAAAGAGCGAAAGUGUACGUGUGUGUGUGUGGGUCUGAGUGUGUGCGCACGUAUGUCUGUGUGUGUGUGUGUGUGCGUGCAAGUUCGAGCGUGUGCGAGCGUGUGUGGGUCUAUACAUCCUUCUUAUAUAAUUAACGUGUCACAGUGGAACAUUUUAUUAAUAUCAACGGAGGCUCAAGGAAGGCCUCCCCCUGCUGAUUCCUAACUCUUGACCGGUCCCAGUUCACAUCCGGACCAAAACGUCAGCCCUCUGCCACAGACUGCUGGUGAUGGACUACGUGCCCUUGGCUUGCGUCGUCACGGCAACAGAACGAUUGACUCCAAAAAAACGAUCACAAACUUUGACGCGAUCUUCGGGGAGCCCUGUACAUAACAAACCCUAAAGUGUUCUGAUUGUCUUGUAUUGUUAUUGAAGUAAAAGUAAAUAUGUGAACAAAGUAAA